AUGAAAGCAACUAUGUCACUCAUCAAAGCUUUCCUGUUAGAUGCUGAGCAGAAGAAGCCGCAUAACAAUGCAUUGAGUGAAUGGCUGAGACAGAUUAAGCAAGUGUUCUCCGACGCCGAAGACAUAGUUGAUGAUUUUGAGUGUGAAGCGUUGCGGAAGCACGUUGUCAACACUCAUGGUAGCCUCAGAAGGAAGGUACGUCGUUUCUUCUCAACUUGUAAUCCUCUCAUUUACCGUCUUAGAAUGGCACAUGAGAUGAAAGACAUCAAGGAGAGGUUGGAGAAAGUUGCAGCUGACAGGAACAUGUUUGGCCUUCAAAUCAUUGACCAAGAUACACGCGUCGUGCAUGUGACGGAUACUACUUAUUCCCAUGUAAUCCCUUCCAAUGUCAUAGGAAGAGAACGUGAAAAACAGAAAAUACUAGAGCUUUUGCUACAACAUGAUGAUGGUCAUGACAAAAGUGUCUCCGUUAUUUCCAUUGAAGGAUUCGGUGGUUUGGGAAAGACCACACUCGCAAAGCUGGUGUUCAAUGACACCACCAUUGACGAAUGUUUCCCAUUGAAGAUGUGGGUGUGUGUCUCUGGUGAUUUUGAACUUAGAAAUGUGCUUAUUAAGAUCCUCAAUUCUGCUCUAAACCCAAGUAAUGAAAAUUUCAAAAAUUUUGAGACCGAGCAGCUUCAAAAUCGUUUGAGAAAUACACUUCAACGUCAGAAGUUCUUGCUUGUGCUGGAUGACGUGUGGAACGAGGAUCAUGCUAGAUGGGAUGAGUUGAAGGAAAUAAUAGAUGUAGGCGUUGAAGGGUGUAAAAUCUUAGUGACUACUCGUAGCCACUUAACAGCUACCCUGACGCGCACCAAAUCCUCUAACUCUUACCUUCUAGAACGUCUUUCUGAAGAUGAUUCCUUCUCUCUAUUUGUCAAAACGGCUUUUAAAGAAAGGAAAGAGAUGAGAUAUCCACAAUUGUUGGAGAUUGGGAAAGAAAUUGUGAACAAAUGUGGAGGGAUACCUUUGGCAGUGAAAACUUUAGGGAGUUCACUAGUCUCUGUGGUUGAUAAAAGAAAAUGGGAGUCUGUGAGGGACGAUAAGAUUUGGAAUUUGCCACAAAAAGAAAAAGACAUUUUGCCUGCUCUUGAAAUAAGUUACAAUCAACUGCCUUCAUAUUUGAAACCUUGUUUUGUUUGCUUCUGUUAG